AUGCGAUACAUACUCCAUUUCGGACUCCUGGCGGUGGCCACGGCGACGAGUCUGCGCGACACCUUGACGAGGCGAUCGGAUCUGACAGCUUUCACGAAGCUGAUUGAUGACUUCGAGCUCUGGCAGUUUUUCGAAGAUUCGACGGAUAUCACAGUAAUGGUUCCCAACGAUGCUGCCUACGACAAGCUACUGAAGAUGGGACUGGAUCUCGGAGCCAUGCCAUCCGAUUUCACGGUCCCGAUAUUGAAGUAUCAUCUUUUGCAUGGUCAAAUAGAGAGUGCCAAAGUGCUGGCCGAGAGCGAUAAUAUGCUAGUUGGAACGGCACUCUCUCAGCCGAACAUGACACAAGCUACUCCGGUCAAGCUGUACUCCGAAUCAGGCGAGGUAUAUGCAGAGACUGGUCUGCAAUUGAGCGCAAAGAUCCUCGAACCCGAUGUCGAAUUUGCUGGCGGAUUGAUGCAUGUGCUAGACUCUUCGCUCGUGGCACCACACAAUAUCACUGCCACGGGGUGGAUGAAUGGACUAUGCAAGGAAUUCUUGCAAUUCAUGGAGAUGACGGGCCUCGCAGCUGAGAUCGAGAGCGUGCAUGAUGCGACCAUCUUCAUCCCGAGCGACGAGGCCUGGCGGGAAAUGGAGUCCACGUUGGCUGCCAUGGAUAUGAAUGAGAAGCAGGAGUUGCUCCGAAAUCAUGUCGUGCAGGAUCGUGUUGCGUAUCGAAAAGACCUUAGCCAUGAGCAAACAUUGGCAGCUGUCGGAGGUCAGGCGUUACAGGUUAAAAUCGACGAUAAAGGCGACGUUCUGGUUGAAGAUGCCAAGAUACUUCGAACGGAUAUAUUGUGGUUCAACGGUGUGGCACAUAUGAUCGAUCAGGUCAUUCUGAACAAUCAGACCAAUACGUUACCUUUCAUUGAUCGGGAUCAACAAAUUUUGGCUGCUUCACUCUCAUCGUGA